AUGUGCAUGACGUCCUGUUUGACACAUUAAUUGGUUACAUGAAGGUGUUUGCUGCACAGAAUGGACGGUUCAAUCAGCAGGUGAGGAGCAGCUGUGACCUCCACAGGUGUGCAGAAUGAGGGAGUUAACGAGGCAGAGGGAGGAGUCGCUCUGUCAGUGUUUAAAAAGCCGUGGAGCCACAUGUCUGCAUUCAACCAUGGAGUCCAGGCAGGUGUUUGUGCUCAGCUUUGUUCUGGCAGGUGUUGUGCUGAGUGAGGCUCUCCGUGGUGUGAGGCCUCCAGGUUACUGGGCAGCUGGCAAACAAACGGCCAAGUCGGACAAAGACUUCAAGUUGGCAGAUGGACUUCAGAGGGAGCGCUUCGGUCUGUUUGCUGAGCCGGCUGGCAGGUUUCACUCCAAGUGGCCCCAGUCUGCAGAUGACAAACUCAAAUGGAACUUUCCAGAAGAUCCAGUGGAGCCGGUGACCAGGCCCCCUGUCCAGCUGAAGGUUGUGCAGCCCACCGUGUCCAACAGGGUGGCUGUGAAGUGUGGGGAGAGCAGGGUGCAGGUGGAGGUCAGUCAGGACCUGCUGGGCAUUGGCAAGCUGGUGAGUCCAGAUGAAGUCACGCUUGGAGGCUGUCCACCUGCUGAGGUGGACCACCACUCUCAUGUCCUGGUCUUUGAGUCUGAGCUCCAUGACUGUGGCAGCACACUGACGGUAAACGAGGCUGGCUUUGUUUAUGCUUUUAAGCUGAUCUACGACCCCAUGACGCUCGGCACCAGUCCCAUUACAAGAAGCCAGAGAACAGUCAUCGGAGUGGAGUGCCACUAUGUGCACUGAGCAUCAGUUUACUGACAAUCUGCUGUUUACUUGGAAAAUAAAAUGGUCAAUCUCCUCCUGG